AUGAAUCGGCCACGCGGGUACUCCGGCUCGAGCGAUGACAGUUCCGGGACGGCACGCGAGCAGGAGCUCGGCAGCAUGUACGACUACCUCGCCAAGAUCAUAUUACUAGGCCCGAGCGGAUCCGGAAAGUCCUGUCUUCUUCACCGCUUCGUCAAGAACGAAUGGCGUGUGCUGUCGUCACAGACCAUCGGCGUCGAGUUCUCGAGCAAGAUUAUCAAGGUUGGCACGGGCGCACGACGAAAGCGGAUAAAGCUGCAGCUCUGGGACACAGCCGGCACGGAGCGGUUCCGGUCGGUCUCGCGCUCAUACUACCGCGGUGCAGCGGGUGCGAUCCUCGUCUACGAUGUGACGUCGCACAAGUCAUUUGCCGGGCUGCAGCCGUUUCUCAACGAUGCGCGGGCGCUGGCGUCGCCGAACUUGACGACGUUGCUGGUGGGCAACAAGCUGGACCUGGCGGCAGACGUGCUGAUCGACACGAGCCUGCCGUCGGCGACGCCGUCGACCGCAUCGAUCCUCUCCUCGUCGCCGGCUACCAUAACAGGGGAGAGCUUUGCAGGCAGCAGCAGCAGCGGCCGCGGAACCGGAAUGGGAGUCGGAACCGGGACGGCCAUUGGCCUGGGGUCGCAGCUCAAGGCCACGGUGGCGCCCGAGGGCCGCGAGGUCAGCGCGGCCGAGGCCAGUCAAUGGGCCAGCGGCGUCAGUGUGCCAGUGGCCGUGGAGGUCAGCGCGCUCAAUGGCGAGGGCGUCGACGACGUGUUUGGUCGCAUGGCGCGCAUGAUUCUGACCAAGAUUGAGCUGGGCGAGAUUGACCCGGACGACCCGAUGAGCGGCAUUCAGUACGGCGAUGCAGGCGCCAGCUGGAAUGCCGGCGCCAGUGACGGCGGCAGCAUCAAGAGCUACAUGACGACCGACGACAGCGGCAGCGGCGGCGGUGCGGCGAGACAGCGGCGGCGUGGCGGCACCGGCGGCGGCAUGGCGCUGCGCGAGUGGGAAGAAGUGUUUGCGCUGCCGAGCCGACGACGACGGAAUGCGUGCGGCUGUUGA